CGAAUGACACCUAAGUUGACCAGGUGGGCCGCCGAAAUCGACCAGUAUGACUUUGAGUUAAAGCCAGUCAAGGGUCCAGGAGACUCUGUGUCUAUUGACUUUAUGGACACCAAGGGUGCGGAGAUGGCUUUUGCUGCUGAGACGACCGCUCAAAUGAAGACGGAGACCGCUCAGAAAAGGGGAAGGACGCUGCUUAAUCUGAAAUGCGUCGAUGCCACGUCUGGGUUGCUCGGGAAGACCCUUCUUGUCCUGGAGCCCAGUAAAGGGGGAAUCUUCCCCCCACAUAAGUUUGGGUCUCAUGAUGUCGUCGCGCUGAAGGCCAACAGGGCAGAAGCAUCGACUGCAGCACUUGGCGAGGGAGUUGUCUAUCGAGUCAAGGACAACGCCAUCACUGUCGCCAUGGACGAUGUGCCAGAAGAGGGGUUGGAUGCCCCCUUGAGAAUGGAGAAGCUGGCCAAUGAGGUGACUUACAGGAGGCUGAAGGACACUCUCACCGAGUUACACAAGGGUGUGCGCAAAGGCCCGGCAACAGAACUGGUUCCAGUCCUGUUUGGCGAUAAAUAUCCGACUUUUGCGAAGAAGCCAAUCACAUUUACGCCGUUUAAUCAGUUGCUUGAUCAGUCCCAGCAAGCUGCCGUGGCCAAAGCUCUCGCAGCAAAAGAUGUCAUGCUCCUUCACGGCCCUCCAGGAACCGGAAAGACGACAGCUGUUGUGGAGGUGAUCACCCAAGAAGUAAAACGCGGCUCGAAAGUCCUUGCAUGUGCGGCGUCAAACAUCGCAGUCGAUAAUCUUGUCGAACGCCUUGUGCAAAACAGGGUGAAGGUUGUGAGAAUGGGACAUCCUGCCCGCCUGACUGUUUGUUUGUUUGUUUGUUUGUUUGUUUUUAGGGUGAAGGUUGUGAGAAUGGGACAUCCUGCCCGCCUUCUUCCUCAAGUGUUGGAAUCCGCACUUGAUGCUCAGGUGCUGAAGGCUGACAAUACAUCCAUCGCAACAGACGUCAGAAAAGAGAUAAAGCAACUCAGCAGCAAGCUGUUGAAAACGAAGGACCGAAGGGAAAAAGGCGAGCUGACGAGGGAUCUGAAGCGGCUGGCAAAGGAAGAGAAGAAGAGGCAGACCCAGGCAGUCGUUGAUGUGAUCAAGGACGCAGACGUAAUUGCGUCAACGUUGACGGGGGCAUUGACGCAACGGUUGAAGGAUACCUCCUUUGACCUGGUCGUCAUCGACGAAGCAGCACAGGCACUGGAGUGUGCGUGCUGGAUUGCUCUUCUCAAGGGCCGUCGCUGCGUGCUUGCAGGCGAUCAUCUGCAGUUGCCUCCAACGGUUCAAAGCGCCGAGGCCGAAGCCAAAGGGUUAGGCAUCACUUUAUUUGAGAGACUGGAUGCAAUGUAUGCUGCACAAGCUACAUCCAUGCUGACUAUGCAGUAUCGAAUGAACAGUGAAAUCAUGAGAUGGUCAUCGGACGAGCUAUAUGGCGGGAAGAUCGGGGCUCAUCCAACUGUAGCGAAACACCGCCUCUGUGAUAUGGAUGGCGUCACUGCGUGCAAUGCUACCGAAGCUGUUCUUGUGGGUUUGCUGAAAGAAAUGAGGGCGAAUCGAAAACAGAUUGCGGCUGUAGAAAUCAGCACAGUGGAUGGCUUUCAGGGAAGGGAAAAGGAGGCCAUCGUCAUCUCAAUGGUGCGAUCGAAUCCAGAAGGAGAGGUAGGGUUUUUAUCAGACGAGCGGCGAAUGAAUGUGGCGGUCACGAGAGCACGUCGGCAUUGUGCAGUGGUAUGUGACAGCGAUACAGUCGGAAAGAACGCGUUCCUGAAGCGUAUGGUUUCCUACUUCGAGCAGCAUGGAGAAUACUUGAGUGCAAUGGAGUACCUGAGCGCCUGAUUGUUAUACACAUGCUCAAUUAUGACCUAGCGAUGCAUGCUUGAGUGCGACGGACUCCUGCAGCCAAUGUCUUUCUCGUGUCCGCGCGCAUACAACCUGAGCAUUUCUUCUGUGAGCAGCAUGGAGAAUAUGUAAGUGCAAUGGAUGGAGAGCACCUGAGCACCUGACUGUUAUAAACGCGCUCAACUCUGGCGGGGAUGCAUGCUGAAGUGUGACCGACUGCUGAAGCCAAAGUCCUCCUUGAGUCCGCUUGAGCACGACCCAAGUGUUUCUUUCACGUCAGCAGAGAUAUGAAGAAGGGUCAUGGUCGCCGCUGUUUGGAACGAAGUGUGAUGCAAAGCAGUAUUCUCUGUGAGAUAUAAAGCCCCAUUUUUUAGUAUUUUUAAAUCUUUGAUUAACUUGAUGUGUAUCUCGCAUAUGGUGGAGUAUUCCAGCACAUCAGUGCAAUAGAGUAUGAACAGGAGUACUGCCCCAGUGAGUGUUCCCUAGCGUAGCGGAAUUACUAGAGAGUCGAAGCGUAGAUCAGACACAGUGUAGUGGGUGAGCUGCUUUUUUAAGUGCACUAGAACCGAAGUACUUAUUUUUUUGUUUUUUCGCUUUCUUAACUGUGAUGGGAUAGGACAGUCACGUCUCUGUCGCUCUGCUGUAGGCAACUAUUGCACUCAUUGCUGGAUUUGGUUAGUUGGACCUAUAUAAAAUAUAUAUAUAUAUAUAAUAUUAUAUAUGUAGUUGUAGAAAGUACUAGAAACUACUCUAUGCUUCAUGUCACGUCCAGCGGAUAAAGUUUGGGUCAUUCU